AUGUCGACUUCGCCCAACGUGCUUGCAGGCAAAGACUGCCAUACUUGCAACCGCCGCCGCAUCCGCUGCGACCGCACACUCCCCACGUGCGUCAAAUGCAACAAUAAGCGCUUGGACUGUCCAGGCUAUGGCAAUCGACUCCGAUGGGUAUCUGUGGCCACGCACGAUCGUGCGUCUCCGCCUGAUGGAAAACGUGGUUCGGCCACUAAGGUUUCUUCCCCUGAUGGCGAGCCCAUCAUACCCGUGGAGCCUUCUUUGCUAGAUGCAAGUGUGCCAGCGCUGCCGGUCCACAGUCCGGAGGCAUUACCGCUGUCGAUAUCGAGACAGCUUUUGGAGUUCUACUCUUCCAAUAUUGCCCCCCUCAUGGUGUGGCUGGACUCCACGCAGAACGAAUACAAGCGACUGGUGGUUCCUCUUGCCGAGACGCAGCAAGUGCUUCGACUCGCGGUCAUGGCGAUCGCGGCGGCGCGUGCACCGCAUAGUUUCGACGUCGACGAAGGCUUCUCCCGUCGAGCAUACGAGGCUGCACUGCGAUUGAUCACCGAGCGCGUGCGGGAGAUGACUGACGUCGAGUUCCGCGAUCAAUCACCCAUUGAUGUGCGCAUGACCGCCAGCACCAAUGAAGCAACGCUUGCUGCUAUGCUCAUACUCUCCAACCACUCUCUUCUCGGGGCUGAGAUAAGCCAAGCGCAGCUCCAUCGGCAUGCAGUCCGCAUCCUGAUCAAGGCAAUCGCCUACACCGGCACUUCAGACGAGGAGCUAUUCGACUUCCUCCAGAACCAGGCGGCCAUUCACGACGUCUUGGUCUGCACGACGAUUUUCGACCCGGAGUAUAUCAGCCAAGCGACACUGCCGAUAUUCAAGCAGGAACAAGUCAUGUUCGGCCGCUUUCUUUCCUAUGUGCACCACAUCACGACCUUAUCCAUCACAGAGACAGAACACCCAUCCAUCGGCGAGCUCGAAGACGGGUUCGAACUCGCGUCUUCAUCGACCAUCAUGGCCGCGGCCGCGAUGCGCGCACGCUCCGGCCGACCCAUCACCGACGACUUCACCCGCAUCGUCCGCAUCUACCACCACGCCGGGAUCCUCUACGGGUGCAAGCGGCUCCGCAUCUCCAACGAGGCCCUACACGAAGAAUACCACACCUCAAGCCUGUUCCGUCUGUUCGACCAGUUCGAAGAUCUCGGCACGUCGCUGUAUAAUCUCGCUUGGCCGAUCCUCGUGGCGGGAAUCUGUAGCUGGCCGAAUAUCGAACGGAUCCGUCUGGUGCGGUUUCUCACAAAGGUCAUGCUCGAGAAGACCGAGUUCUGGUAUUACAGCAGGAUCGCGGCUUUUCACGAGGAGUUGUGGGAGAGCGCGAAGCCGGACUGGAUCAGACUUGCUGCGGAUUGGGAGAGGCGUGGGUUGCAGAUCAUUGCGGUGUGA